CUAGCAGAACCGAGCAAACAAACCAAACUCCCAACGCAUUCUUACUUUUCAGUUUCAUCAACUUUUUAAGUUACAUUUUUUUUACCAUGCUUAUGACCGUUUUCCUCAAAUUAAAUAUCAUUUUAUUUUAAGGACCAAUAUUUGGUUGUUAUUAAUGCGGAAUUAAGUAGGGAGAACUACGGUUUCAUCCCUAUAUACCGUGAGGAGACUGAAACCACUUGAUAUCAGAACUGACUUACAAACCAGAUUAGUUGAAUUGAGUGAGUCGGAUGCGUAUAAAAAAAUGAUAAAAAAAGAAGCAGGCCCCUGAAAUUGAACCUUUGGAUGAUUGAAAGGAAUACUGGGCGAUAAAAGCGCCGAUAAUUUGACCAAUUACAAACAUUCAUGGCAGCUUCUCUUUCUCCCCCACGUUUGUGUUUUGCAACUACUUCUACUAGCUGGCUCCACCUUCCUACUACUUCCAACCUGGCACAACAUCACUACUCUUCUCUUUAUAUAUACAAAACUACAUAACUCCUUUUCCUUAAACCCACCCUUAUUUCUUUUCUCUUUCACAUUCUUCUUCACCUUCGAUUAUCCAACAUGUCUCACGACAACAACUCUUCUGCAGACCAAACAGCAACACCACAAGCUGAGGAAGUUGUUGUUGUUGCCGGUGUGAAUGUUCCACAGCAUGAAAAACCAAAUACUGUUUCCUUAGAAUCCGAGCAACAAGAUCCACAAAGUGAACCUGAGAGGAAGAAUAACUCAGUUCCUGUUGUUGAAUCUGUCACUCUAGAGACUCAUCUCUCCAAACCCAAUACCGAUGAUACCACUGAUACUGAUAAAGAUGAAACCACUAAAACUUCUCAAUCUGAUCGUCCCGAGAAUGAAAACAAGCCACUCCAAGAGCUUAAGAAUCUCGUUCAACAAGCACUCAACAACCAUGAAUUCUCUUCCUUGCCCAUAAUUGAAGAUAAACCACCCACCACCAUUGUUGCUGAAGCUGAUAAAGAAGAACCUGCGCAACAAAAGGUGGAGGAGGAAGCUGCACCGGCGAAAGAGGAAGAAAAAGAACAAGAAGAGGAAGAUAAGAAGGAAGAAGAAGUGAAGGAAACCGUGGUGGAAAAAGAACAACAAGAAGGAGAUAAAAAGGAAGAGGAGGUGAAGGAAACUGUGGUAGCUGCUGUAGAUGAGGAUGGAGCAAAAACUGUAGAAGCUAUUGAAGAAAGCGUUGUUGCGGUUUCUUCCUCUCUUCCUGUUCCUGUUCAUGUUCUGCAAGAGCCUGUUCAAGAGAAAAUUGAAUCAAAAGAUGAAGCUACAUUGUCAUUACCACCAGAAGAAGUAUCCAUUUACGGGAUACCACUUCUUGCCGACGAAAGAAGCGACGUGAUUCUGUUGAAGUUUCUGCGUGCAAGAGAUUUUAAGGUGAAAGAAGCUCUCACCAUGAUCAAAAACACAAUUCGCUGGAGAAAAGAAUUCGGAAUAGAGGAGUUGUUGGAUGAGAAACUGGGUGAUGAAUUGGAGAAAGUUGUUUACAUGCAUGGAUUUGACAAGGAAAAUCACCCCGUGUGUUAUAACAUAUAUGGUGAGUUUCAGAAUAAGGAAUUGUAUAAGAAAACAUUUUCUGAUGAGGAGAAGAGACAGAAUUUUCUUAGGUGGAGAAUUCGGUUUCUUGAGAAGAGUAUUAGGAAUUUGGAUUUUAACAAUGGUGAUGCAUGUACUAUUGUUCAUGUCAAUGAUCUUAAGGAUUCUCCUGGACCUGGUAAAUGGGAAAUUAGACAAGCUACCAAACAAGCCCUUCAAUUGUUUCAAGACAAUUACCCUGAGUUUGUGGCCAAACAGGUGUUUAUCAAUGUGCCAUGGUGGUACUUGGCUGUGAAUAGGAUGAUAAGCCCUUUUCUUACACAAAGAACCAAAAGCAAGUUUGUCUUUGCCGGGCCUUCAAAAUCAACAGAGACCCUUUUAAGCUACAUAGCUCCAGAGCAACUUCCGGUGAAAUAUGGUGGAUUGAGCAAAGAUGGUGAAUUUGGAAAUUCAGAUGCUGUUACUGAGAUUACAAUAAAGCCAACAUCAAAACAUACUGUGGAAUUUCCAGUUACUGAGAAAUGUUUAGUGUCUUGGGAGGUGAGAGUAAUAGGGUGGGAAGUAAAGUAUGGUGCGGAAUUUGUACCAAGCAAUGAAGAAAGCUAUACUGUGAUUGUUCAAAAGGGUAGAAAAGUGAGUUCAUCAGAAGAAGCAGUGAUUUGCAACAGUUUUAAAGUUGGUGAACCUGGGAAAGUUGUUCUCACCAUUGACAACACAAGUUCUAGGAAGAAAAAGCUCUUGUACCGCUUUAAGAUCAAGUCGGACUGAGAAAAAUCAUCAUAUAUAUUCACAACAAGUGGGGUUUAUUAUUUGAUAAUAUGAAUAUAAAGUUUUUUUUUGUUUCUUUUAGUUCUGAUGAUUAUUAUGUGUGGAAUCAUAUAUUUUUGUAAUUUUCUUGCUAUUCUUAAUUGUUGCCUUUUUUUGUUAUUUUGAUCAUAUAUAUCAAGAUCCAUUUUUCUUA